AUGGCAGAGCGGCAGUAUGCCGAGGCACUGAAGGCAAUUGAACAUGCGCAGAGUCUAGAGCGUGCAGGUCAAAUGGUCCAGUCCGUGUCAAUGUUUAAAAAAGGACUGUGUAUUCUUAAACGUCUAUCAGUUGUUGAAUCAGCAGCGCAGCGUCUACGAAUGCAGCCAAUGAUUAAUGACCUCGAGACGCGCAUUCAGAUGCUACAGCAGACAAGUGACUUUCUCUUGGCUCAAGCAAUGGAAUUACAUACAAUAGCCAAGCGAUUAGAAGAGGAAGUAGAACCUGCAAAAGUAGAUAUUGUGAUUGACAGGUAUAUUACCACAGCUGAAAGCUACAUGAAGGCACUAAAUGCAUUGCCAUCAAGUGAUAAAAGAGCUAAAGCAGCAGUAAAGGAACAACUGGAGUAUGUAAUUGACUAUAUAUCGAAACUUAAGAAUCAGAAUCAGAUCAGGAUACAAUAUCAUCAAGUCGACAAGACGACAUUGCAAUGGCCAGAACCACCACAUUUACAGCAAAAUAAAAAGACAGAUAUAGCACAAUUAUGUACGUCUAUUGAUACGACAUUUGGUUGUACACGACCGUUAUUAUCAAAAGAGGAGACGAAGCAGAAGCAGAAGGAGAAGGAGAAGGAGAAGGAAGAGAAAGUGAGGACAGCGUAUACACCACAGGAACUUGAUGUGUUGCGCAGGUCAUCGCAAAUCAAUGGACAUUUGUUUGUACCGUGGCUGAAUGAUUUAGAUGCACAGGACAAGUUUAGUUUGCCAGCACCUUAUAAUGAUCCUGAUGGGUAUCUGCCAUUAUCAGUAAAGCAGCAAAAAAAGGAUGUGAUCUGGAUGCGGCCGAGCGAGUAUGCUGUCAAGUGUGGCCAUGCUCCGGUGAUGAUAGCACAUGGAGGAGUCAACCCGUUGGUGGUGAAGCAGGAUAUUGUCACGGACUGUUCAUUCGUAGCGUCGCUUUGUAUUGCUGCAGCUUAUGAACAGAGAUUUCAGAAGCGGUUGAUCACAAACAUUAUUUUUCCAGCAGAUUUACAGACAAAGCAGCCAGUAUACAAUCCAUUUGGAAAAUACGUUGUCAAGUUGUGGGCUAACGGUGUACCUCGAAAGGUGGUGAUUGAUGAUUUUUUACCUGUCAAUGCAUCUUCAGGGCAACUUCUUUCAAGCUGUACAACGCACAAGAACGAACUUUGGGUGAGCCUUAUUGAAAAGGCUUACUUGAAACUGAACGGCGGGUAUGACUUUCCUGGCGGCAACUCUGGAAUUGACUUGUUUGCUCUUACAGGAUGGAUCCCGGAACGAGUUUCCAUUACUGAGCUUCUAGAUGCACCAAACAAAGAAGACAGACUCUGGGAACAAUUGAAGAGCGCGUUUCAUUACGGAGACUGCAUUAUUACAAUAUCCACAGGAGACGUUUCCAAGCAAGAGGCCAAAGCAAUUGGACUUGUGCCGAUGCAUGUUUAUGCUGUUCUCAAUGUGUAUGAGCUUGCUAGCUCUGAUCAAAACUCGAAUGGCAAAAAGACUUGUUUGCUUCAGGCUAAAAAUCCCUGGCGCAAGAUGAGUUGGAAAGGUCCCUUUUCGCGCCACGAUAAAACGCGAUGGAACAGUGCUAUUGGCGAGGAGUUGCGCGCAUACCAGCGACAGUAUUACGCAGCUGAGGAAAGUGAAACGGAGGAGCGACAAGAUGACGGAUUGUUUUGGAUUGACUUUGAGUCAGUAAAACGGUACUUCGAGAGCCUAUAUAUGAACUGGAACCCUGAGCUAUUUCCUUACAAAGGUGUGUGCCAUGAGCACUGGCCCGUGGAGCUUGGACCUGCGAACGAUUCGCUCACACUCGGGUUUAACCCACAGUACUCUCUGACAUUCAUCAAGAACGGGCUACUUGCAGAAGGAAUGACUGCGCCAUCUGGUUCUUGCACCGUGUGGGUUUUGCUGUCGCGGCAUAUGAGUACAAUUGACCGCAACGUAGAUUGCUCAAAUCAGCAGUUUCUUACGCUUCAUGUUUAUCGAGGUGAACCUGGAAAGCGCGUGUAUUACAAUCGUAAUGCAGUGUCGCGAGGAACGUAUAGCAACAAUCCACACACGCUCGUAAGCUUGGAUCUGGAUUUCGCACACGAGUCGGAGCUGUCCUUCACUCUCGUGGCUUCGCAGUACGAAAAGUUUGCAGCCAUAGACUACACUUUGUCCGUUUUUUCUACGCGGCCGUUCACGUGUGAGCCUAUUCCACAGUUGGUGACAACAGUACCUACGUCAAUCGUGAUCACCGGCGCUUGGGAUUCUGCCAGCGCUGGUGGUCGUCCGUAUUACUCAACAUUUAUGGAUAACCCUCAGGUUCAUUUGCAGUUACAGGGACAAUGUCGAUCUAUUUUUCUGUUCCUCACGACUGAUGCGUUUUAUUCCAAGGAUAGUACGGAUGUCAGCUUUCCUAUAAACUUACGUGCUGCAUUGCACGUACGUGAGCGUGUAUGUGAUUUACAUGCUGCAGAGUACACGCCAUCAGAGAACAAAGAGCUGUUAAAGGUACUGAGUUCUGGCGAGUAUCGGCCAGGUUUUUGUUUUAUCGAGAUUGAUGCCUCCCUUGCUACAGGCUUGCAUGACAUUGUGCUGAUUCCAUCUACUUUUGAGCAAGGCACUGCCGGUAACUACACGCUGAAAGUCGCAAGUGAUUCACCUUCGGGCGCGAGUAUCGUUUAUCGCCAACUACUUCCUGAAGGCCACGGUAUGGAGCUUACUCGGCUGCAUGGCAAGUGGGACAUUGGAACUGGUUCUGCGGCCGGCUGCUCCAAUUAUGGCUGCUAUACGUUUAAUCCAAAAUAUUUGGUACACGUGUCCCAGGAGUGCGAUAUGUUGGCGCGUUUGUUAGUACUGGAACCAGAAAUUGAUGGCUCACUAGGUGAGUCUCAAACAGAAGCCGCUACCAUUGUUCCAUCAAUUAACGUGUCCGUGUUCAAAAGCACGUCAGAAGGUCAUAUGUUACUUUCCACAAACCCGAAAGCAGCGUUUGCAGGUGCCACAUCCGCGUACGGCGUAUACGUCAGCGGUGCCCCUUGCGGUGUUUUGGCUAAAGCAUCUGAACGGUAUUCGCCAGGAUGGUACAUCGUACUUCCAUCAACUUAUGAGCCACAGGAAUUGCAUUAUGAACUUCGCUUGUACGCAUCUGCUCACGUUGACGUGCGCUGUCUCUAG